AUGCAGGAGUAUGAUAUUGUCGUGCUUGGAACAGGCCUUAAGUCCUCCUUGUCUCUGUCAGGAUGUGUCCUGUCUGCUUUAAUGUCACUCAGUGGGAAAAAGGUUCUUCACAUUGACAGGAAUUCUUACUAUGGUGGAGAAAGUGCAUCCAUUUCUCCGCUGGAAGAGCUGUACAAGAAGUUUAACGUUCCAGAACCCACCAUACCACUGGGCCUUGGAAAAGAGUGGAAUGUUGACACCAUCCCCAAAUUUUUUCUUGCCAACAGUCAGCUGGUCAAAAUGCUGCUGUACACUGAGGUUACACGGUAUCUUGACUUUAAAGUCAUUGAAGGCAGCUACAUAUACAAAGCAGGAAAAGUGCACAAAGUCCCUGCGACAGAGGAAGACGCCCUCACAUCAGAUUUGAUGGGUAUGUUUGACAAGAGAAGAUUCAGGAAGCUGCUGUUGUUCGCCCUGAACUUUGACGAGAGCGACCCUCGCACGCACCAUGACAUAGACUGCAACACAACAACCACACGAGACCUUUUCUGCCGCUUUGACGUGGGACAGGAUGUCAUGGAUUUCACAGGUCAUGCCAUAGCCUUACACAGCAGUGACAGUUACCUGGAGCAGCCCUGUAUCGAAACCAUCAGGCGGAUCAGAUUGUACUCAGAAUCCGUGGCUCGUCAUAAUUUCAGUCCAUACCUGUACCCUUUGUAUAGCCUCGGCGAGCUACUACAAGGAUUUGCCAGACUGAGUGCAGAGUACGGAGUGACUUUCCUAUUGAACAGAGACGUGCAAGAAAUUGUUCUGAAUGAUGGCAAAGUCAAAGCAGUGAUAUCUGAAGGGAAGGUGUUCCACUGUAAACAGCUGAUCUGUGAUCCCAGUUAUGCUUCCAACCGAGUGAGGACAGUGAGCCGCGUCAUCAGGGUCAUCUGUUUAUUAAAUCAUCCCGUUAAACACACGCAUGAUGCCAAGUCCUGUCAAAUUAUCAUACCCCAAACGCAACUGAACAGGAAGUCAGACAUUUACAUAUCAGUAGUGUCUUUCGCCCAUAAUGUAGCCUCAGAUGGGAUGUACAUUGCAACAGUAAGCACAACAGCAGAAACCAGAAACCCUGACAAAGAGGUGCAGCCUGCAUUGGAGCUUCUCGAGCCGAUAAUGCAAAAGUUUGUUUCCAUCAGUAACCUUCUAGUUCCCAAUGAUGAUGGAAGCAGAAGUCAGGUGGUUUGUGUGUGCUCAUAUGACGCAACAAACCACUUUGAGAAUGAAUGUGAGGACAUCACAGAUAUGUACCGCCGGAUAACAGGAACAGAAUUUUGCUUUGGAAGAUCCCAGAGACACCAGUCGCACACCUCUGAUGAUGAAGACUGAGGAAAACCUUCUCAUGUCAGAAUUAAAUAAUGAUUGUGCUAUGCAGCUGUGAAACGGAAGUUGUUGAGUCAAGUCUGAAUGUACUGUAUUCA